ACUCCCUCACUGAUGUUGCUGCUAGCAGACGAUAACUGAUGCACGAUGAACAUGGCCGACACAUGAAGUAAAACGUACAGACGAUGUUUAAAACACAAAAAUGAGCCGGUGGUUGAAGAAUAUCUUUUCUGGAUUCCUAACUUUCCUUCAACUCUAUGUAACAGUAUCUGCCAUCGAUUGCUACCAAUGCUCCUCCCUUAACUUCAGCGACCCGUUCUGUCACGACCCUUUCCACCCGGCCUACAAUAACCUUACCACGAACUGUGGGGAGGGGCGGGACGGCAGGGUAGGGCUAUUUCCGGCCCGGUUCUGCACCAAGAUCACUGGCAUUAACUCUGAGGACGGCACCGAGACAAUCGUUCGGUCAUGCGCCAUCGAGUCCCUGGAUACAAUAUGUGGGCCAUUUAACCUGGGGAACGUUUUGUAUAACGGAUGUAUUUCAUCUUGUGAGACAGACGCUUGUAACUCCGGUCAGCGAUCAGCACCGGAAGUGGUUUAUAUCGUCACUGCUGCACUUUUGUAUUUGUUCAGUAUUUGAGAGAGAGAGAGAGAGAGAGAGAGAGAGAGAGAGAGAGAGAGAGAGAGAGAGAGAGAGAUUCGUUUCUGUCUUUGAUUAAUGUUCUUAUAUAUUUAUUAUAAUAGAGAAAAACCCACAAAAAUACAUCUUUCAACCAUCUUAUUUCAAGUAGAAGAAUACUGUGAUUUUCAUCAAAAGCUCUAAUAAACUUGCUUUAUUUUCA